AUGCCCCCGUAUAGAAUGGAUAGAAGGUCUGCUAAAAUAAAAGCAGAGUUAGAAAGAUAUGGCUGGAGAGUUUCAAAGAAGUUUAAAUAUAGGAAGGGAAAGCCAAUAAAAGUCUAUGACAAACUGGCUGGUCUGACCUAUGAAAUGGACUUGGAAACAGCACGCACAAAUUAUCCAAACAGACUUGAGAGGUUAGAAGAAGAACGUCUUAUGGACAUGCCUUUCGAUGUUAAUGAACCUCAAGUUGAAGGACACGACGGCUUUGCCAGAUUCUACUGGAAACAUGACGAACAAUUGCAUCCUUUGAGGAGGAAAAAAGGAAAAGGUGAAGACGCACAUGCUCCCAUGGAAAGAACAAGAUAUGCAUAUGAAAAGUAUCGUGAAGUUAGAAGUCAAAUUACAUCUGGUCGAACCUUUACAGUAAAUUUUGAAGAAGGAAAGAACAAAGAAGGCUUCAUGGGUGUACUUGCUGCCAUACAAGACGGAAAUAAGAAAGGAUACAAUCUCAGACUAACCGUAACAGAUUUAGAUGGUCAUAUAUACUAUGCACAUGGCAAUGUCACAACAGCCGCACAACUUCUUGACGCUUUUAAGACUACAAAGAGAGAACAAAUGUUUGACUCCGACUCAGAUAUUUUGAAUGCAAUUGAAGGAAUUGCAAGCGUGAAGUUUGAAUGGUACCAACCUAACCCUCAAGCAGUCAGACAACAUGCUGGAUACUUCCCGUUCAUAAACAAGUCUGACAUUGACUUAACAAGGUAUGGAAUUUACAAUUCAAUUGAAAAAAUUGUCAAUGAACCUUGUAUUCUUACAUGUCUCAGGAACUCUGGUCUUGUUACAGAUGAGAAGAUGAAGUAUCUUGAGUCAUGUGUGAAGACAAGAUACAUUCUCAGAAGUCAAUUGACAAAAAUUGCACCGUUGGCAAAUGUGAAUAUCCGAGUCAACAUACCGACUGAGAAAGGUUCUUCACAUGACGACUAUGUUGUUGACUUCAAAUUGCCAUGGUUGAAGAUUGUACUUGUCCACAACCACUUCAUGUUGAACGAAAGUCUUACAAACCCAUUGUUCGGAAAAGGUAAGUGCAACAUUGUCAGAGCUGUUAACAUUCUUUUCGAGAAAGGUUUGUUGGAACCAAUUCCAGAUGACAAGCUGACAGAAACUUUUGUACCAAAAGACGAAACAAACUUUUCAUUGUUAGCAAGACCAAAAGUUGUUCCAGACAAAGUUAUAGCACAAAAGAAGUACACAGUUCCAAAAGGAGUUGGAUUGUUCGGAUACCAACCUGAACCAGAAGAACUUCCAAUGAGGUUGCAAGAACUUCAAGAUGCUAUAAACAAACUUCCAUUGAGACAUCCAGUCGACGUCAAAUUGUAUUGGAGAGCAUCUGAGUUAGGUCAGAAAAUUUUAUAUGAAACAGGUUGCUUCGACGAUGUUUAUGAGAUAACAGGCGAGGUUUCUCAGAAGAUAAGAGACUCACUUGAAUUUCCACAAACUGGGCCGAUUGGAUGCGACAAGUUCGACUCAUAUGAAAAGAUAUACUAUGUCGACCUUAACGCUGCGUACAUGAGGUUCGUCCAAUAUAUCCCGACUGGAAUUCCAAACGAAGACGGUGAGUUCCCGGGAAAGAACUAUACAGUUGGAAAAGUCAUACAACAACUCUAUGAUAUUAGGAAAGCUUCAAACCCCAAACUUGCAAUGACAAUCAAAUUGCUUAUGAAUUCGACAUGGGGAUAUUCCAUUAAAAAACCUCAAAAGAUGAAGAGUAAACACUAUGAGAAGGUCGACAACUUUGUUGAAAGGUUCUCCCCCUUUGUUUUGAAGUACGAGUUCACCGAAGGUCAAGGUGGCUUAGUAACCACAGUAAAACCUAUUGUCGAACAUUGGUCUUAUCCUCAGUUCGCAAAGGCAGUCCUUGACAACUACAACAAAUUUUUCUCAGAGGUUAAAUCCAAAGUGAAGGUAUACUAUGAGAACAUCGAUGCACUCAUGACGAACGAGGAAGGCUAUAACAAACUCAUUGAAAUGGGUUUAGUCGGUGAAAAGAUGGGCUGUUUUAAGCUAGACAAGGUAUUUUCCGAAGUUCAUGUCCUCUCCAAGCGUAAGUAUUGGGGUGUUAAAGAAGAUGGUGAAAUAGUUAAACAUUGCAUGAAAUAA